AUGGCCGCCGCUUCGCCUGCCACGCUCGUCUUCCUCCUAUCCCUCAUCUGCGCCCCCUCCCGGUUCCUCACCGGCGCCCUGCCGCCACCGCCGCCGACGCCGCCCAAGCCUGUCAUCCCAUACCCCACGACGCCGCCCAAGCCUGUGAUGCCAGCCCCCACGACGCCGCCCAAGCCUGUGAUGCCAGCUCCCACGACGCCGCCCAAGCCUGUGAUGCCGGCCCCCACGACGCCGCCCAAGCCCGUGAUGCCGGCCCCCACGAUGCCGCCCAAGCCUGUGAUGCCGGCCCCCACGACACCGCCCAAGCCUGUGAUGCCAGUCCCCACGACACCGCCCAAGCCCGUGACUCCACCUCCGGUGACGCCGCCGAAGUAUGCGCCGAAGCCCGUGCUGCCACCUCCGGCGACGCCGACCAAGCCAGUGCUUCCGCCCCCGGUGACGGCGCCGAAGCCCGUGACGCCACCCAUCGCGAUGCCGCCAACGACCGCGCUGGCGCCCGCGCCGUGGGACGAACCUGGCUACGGGUCCAACCCGAUUCCGGAGGAGAUCAAGAGCGUGUGCAGGCGGAGGCCGUUCCCGCAGCUGUGUGCGCGCGCGCUGGCCUUCGUGGUGGACCCGCAGAGGGUGAACGACACGCGGUGGCUGGCGGAGACGUCGCUGCGCAUCGCCAUCGAGGCCGGCACGGGGCUGGCCGCCUUCGGGUGGGUCAACCUGGGGGGCGCCCCGAGCGGCACCAGGCUGCGGAUGUGCGUGCGCGACUGCACCGUGCGCGUGGACGCCGCGGUCAAGAACCUGACGGCGUCGCAGGUGGCGUUGAGGCGGGGUGAGCUCAGGGAGGCGGUGCAGACGCUGGGCGAGGCGGCCAAGGGGUGCGGCAUGUGCUGGGGCAGCUGCGCGAGCUUCACCGGGGAGGUCAUGCAGGUCAUGGUCAAGCGCGCCAAAGACUUCCAGAAGCUCGUCAUGGUCGCCAGCUCCGUUAUCCUCAUCAUUAUCAAGUGA